ACCGUGUGCGCGUUACGUAUGUAGUAGAGGCGCGGGGAACGACUGACUGCAGGAAGCACUUUCGUAAAUUGCAUCCGGGUCGAUUGGACGAGGAUCUCGUAGUGCGACACUGGGAGCGAGAAGCGCCACUGAUUAGUAUAGAGAGACGUGUCUGUGCCGCCUAGGUACCACGUGCGUGCAGAUACUGCCAUUCCCAGCAUCUCUGCCUACUAUCAGGAUUAGGAGCAGGCUUUUAUGAUGUCUGGCCAAAAUGUUCCCCGAAGCUCAAAUAAAAAAACACAGAAUCCAAGUGCGUUAAAGAAGCCAGAAACUAAGAAGACGGACACCACAAAGAAACCAGACAAUCGGAAGAUUAACCCCUCCACUGCUCCAGGGACUCUGGAUGAACACAUCAGGAAAUCCAUUUUUUAUUUGAAAGAUUAUAUGCGCAGAAAAGACAGGGAGCCUCUGAUUGGUUUGGAAUAUGUUCUUGAAUAUAAAGUUCGAAAAGGAAACAAAGUUGUACCAAAAUAUAUCUGUGAGCUAUGCAAACAUGACACAGAGGUGGUUAGUAUGGUGCUACAUUUGACCGGCUACAAACACAAACAUCUUUAUCUUAAAACGGAGUAUCCAUAUAUUUUUUACGUUCCACCUAACCGCAGAGAAGACCAGUCUCAGUUUGUGAGAAGAAUGGCACUGGAAAUAGAUCGGGAAGAGGGGAUAAAGAUGUACAAGGUUGAUAAAACUGUGAGGGUGCAAUCGAAGACUCCAGCCAAACAAUCCAAAAGAAAAACAAGAUGGGGCACUGAAGACGGUCAGAGUAAAACAAGAAUGAAUAAAGCUCUGGAAUAUUUGGACUCACUUAAAAUUGACAAUGACCGUGAAGCAUUGGCCAUCACAUUGCUCACAAACAAGCUGACAUCUGACAUAAAGAUAUGUACAGAAAAGAUAAAAGAAGGGGCUGUCUUUCUUGUCAAAGUUGCCAGGGCACAGCAUGUGGCCAUGGGUCUAAUGCAAACUGUUUCUGGGGCGAGGAAAACCUUUCAGAACCCAAUGCUUACUAAGCCACCACAAAUUAACAGAGGACCUCUAGAAACAAAUACCAUGCAAGAUGGUCUUCGUGGGCCAAAUAUGCAUCGCAUUGCCCAAACAAAAAUGACACCAAAUGCCUCCGUUCCACAGAAGCCACAACAGUUUCCAUUUGUUCCAUCAAACCAAACACAAAAUAUUCAAAACCUUUCAAUGCUCAAUCAAAAUGACCCAAGCACUGAAGAUCUUGAGUUUAUGAAGAAAUUAAUGGAAUUGCUUAAUUUUCUUCCAGAAAACACUUUAUCUACUGAAAAUGUAGAGAUUGAUUCCGAAUUAAUGAUGUUAAAAUCGUUACUGCUAGACCAAACACUCAGCUCUGACCUUUCACAGGAGCAAAUGAUGAUGCAAAUUGCCGCUCUGACACAGGAUGCUGGAAAUACAGAUAUGGGUUCUCUCAAUCAGCAACUGAUGACGUUAAUGACAUCACACAAUUCCGCAGAUAUGGAAAACGUCCUGUUAGACCAGCAGAUGAUGACGCAAAUGGCCUCAAUGUCUAAAAAUACAUUGAGUUUGGAAAACCCUCAACUAAACCAAAAUUUACUUAUGCAGAUGGCAGGUGGGAUGCAAGACCCUCAGAACACAGGAAAUGUGCUGAUGAAUUUGAUGUCUAAUUUGAACCAGAGUGUUCCAAACCAACAGGGUGGGCAGGUGGGCAGUAGUUCAAUGAUGCAAAUGAACCAGGAUGCUGAUCUAAAGCAAAAUCUAAAUACUCUACCAGAAUAUGCUGGUGCAUCACAGAACUAUGGAAAUGUUGGUUAUGAUCGUUCAGUGGAGGGAAAUUACCUAUCACAGGCUGACCCCUACGUCAGCCAGUAUGGUGAUAUUGCUGAAUCUGGGAUACACAAGGCAAAUGAACAGACACGUACACCAUAUUCUGAAUUGAGUUAUGAAUCUGGAAUGCAUGGUAGGAAAUGGAAUGAGUCGUCUUAUAGAAGCCCUUCAGCACAAGUCGCUGGUACUUCAAGAGAACGAGCACGUUAUAGAAGAGUUAGUCUGUCUCCUGAUUAUAUGGCACCUGCAUCAAACACCCGUGAGCUGUAUAAUUCGAAACAGUUCGAUUUACCUGAGUGGGGUGAUAGAGAGAGCGAUAUACUACAUAGUAAGCGCGCUAGACUGGACAUGGAUCACAUUCCACCACGCUACUCAGAAGACUACUAUCGUGAAUCACGCCAGCCAUAUGGGAGACGUACAGCUGACUUAUCUGAGGAUAUCAAAGACCGGCUUCGUGGGAGGGAUUCAUUCACAGUGUCUGCAAUUCUCAGUGAAUAUGCCGAUAGCCGGCCUUCAAAUUAAUUUGCACGAAAUCUAUGAAAAGUGGAAUGGAGUAUUACAAGUUCAAAUCCUUACAGAAAAGUCUGGCAAGAAAAAGCAGUGAACAGUCUACCUUGAUGUAUAUGAGCGAAUGGUCAUCAACCCUCCGUCAAACAGAGAGAGAGUAAAAGCACCAUCUUGCAGGGACAUAGCCAUGAGUACCAUCAUAGCUAGACUGUCUGCUUAGACUCGUUAGACAGAGAAACUGUAAUGUCAGAGUAUUAUAAAAAGGAAGGACUGAAAGACAGCAUUAUGCUAAGCAGUCAUUUUGUAUAACAGUAGCCAUAUUUUAGUAUAUAAGGAAAUGCUUUUGCUAAGAAGAUAUAAGUAAUGCUGACAUUUUAUAAAUUAGAAUUAUCUAUUAAACAAAAGGUUAGGUUGAUUUAAUGGAACAUGUUGUGAAACCGUUUACUGGGGAAGUACAGACUCAUCCCCAAGGACAGGAAGGAGGGGAGUAACCACAAGAGCAUCUACCAGAAAUCAAGGUUCCCUGUCUCUCAGAAAUGAUUCUUAUGUUUUGUCUGUGACAUAGAAGUGCUUGUGUAACCACCUUUUUAAACUAUAUAAGCCCUAGACAAAUAAACUAACGCAGUCUCAGUCUGCAGAACAUAA